CAAAACCCAAUUGUCCUUGUUGAGUAUGUUAUACCAAUUUCAUAAACCACUCAAAGAUUUUUCAAAUAAAACAACUCCACUAGUUUAGUCUAAAGAAAGGGAUAGUUCAACACAAUAUUGUUUAAUCUAAAAAUUCAAUGGCUUGUUCAUUGAUCCUAGUUAGUAGUUACAUGAGGUGUGGAUUUGAGGUUUGACAUCAAUUACUGGUGUGAAAAGUGUUCCUUAGAUACUAUGGGAUGCAUUUCUUCAAAACUUAUUAUAGCAAGAUCAAUCAGUUACCAUGAAGAGAGAAAUCAAAGAUCAAUGAGAAAAACUUCCAAUACUAUUCCUCUGCUUGAAGAUUUACUCAUCUCAGCUAGUUUUUGUAAUAAAUUGCAUUCUAAGAGCUUAAGUUCCAACACUAAUUCAAUAUUUUCUAUUGAGCCUGAAUGUUCUGAGGUUAUUGAGAAGUUGGAACAGGAGAAUGUAUCUGGUUUUGAAGAAAAAGAUGACGUGGGGUCUAAGGAUGCUUUAGGUAAUAGGAGUUUUCACACAGUUGAGGAAUAUGAUGAUAUGGUUAAUAGAAUUUGGUUGAAGGAAUCUCAAAUUGUUCAACCAAGUGAGUUUAAUAAUGAAAAUGAAGAUGAUGAUGAUGAUGGCGGCUCAAUAAUCAAAAUGGACAUUUUGGAUCAAGAUUCUUCCAUGGAGAAAACGCAACCAUUAUGGUUAACCAAGAAUGAGGAAGUGUUUCAAAGUCAUAAAGCAAGAAUGCUUGAGAAGGGGAAUAAGAGAAAGGCUAUAGCAAAUAGACUAGAAUCUCUUAGAAUUCCAUCCGAUGUUGAAUCUCCAGCCAUUGGUAGUCUCAAAGAAUGGCUUCCUGCAGAUGGAAUCUACUCUCCUGGAUCCUAUGUCACACCGAAAUUUGGAAGCUAUUCUUCAACAAACAUUAAGAAUGAAAAUGAAUCCAGUGAGGAUUCUAUAUUUAGUCCAGAGUUAGUAUCUGCUUUUGAACAGUGUAUGCAAAAGCUUGAAGCGGAGGAACAAAACAUUUUGAAACAAAUUCUAGAGACCGUGGAAGAAGAAGAAAUUGAUGAAGGAAUCAGUAAACCUGAGAAAGAAAAUGAGUAGCAUAAAGAGUUAAAUUCAUACUUCUAGAUGAGUUUCGUUAACAACGUAUAAAUGUUAGAAAUUUUGAUUCACAUCUUCAAUAUUGUUGCAUGACUUGUUUAUGUAUAUUUUGAAUACUUUGAUCACAUGUUUGUAUCAUAUCAUAGUUAUAAAAAUUGGAGAAAACAAAUUCACAUGAA